ACCUUGAUUCUCAGGCUGGGUUCCUUCCCUUCUGCCAGAGGGAAGUGGCAGAGGAGUGAGACUGGGAAGCAUGCGUGGGGGAGGGUGGGGACCUGGCAGGCCCCACCUCCAGGACCACAGGAGCCGCCCCAGCUCAGAGGCUUGUACUGCUCUGAUGGCUCCCGACCCCAGCAGACGCCUCUGGCUGCUGCUGUUGCUGCUCUCCUGCUGCCCUGAGCCUGCCAGGCCUGACAACAAUCCCCUGAAUCCCUUGAAUUCCCUCAGGCCUCUGGUGUGGCUGUGGCCCACCAAGACCGACGAUCCGGUCUCCAAGCCCCAGAUCAGUUCACCUGUGCAGUCCACAGGGAGCCCCACCACGCACGUGGUCCCCCAGGAUGGCCUUACAGAUCAGCAGACGACUCCUGCCGACCCCAGGCUACCCCUGGAGGAUCGGGAAGCUGGCCAGAAUGGGACCCCUACAGCUCCUGCCCUCCCCAUUCCCCCGACGGCCUCUGCCGCAGGCCCAGACAUGAAGGAGGAGAAUGUUGCCGGCGUUGGAGCCAAGAUUCUGAAUGUGGCCCAGGGCAUCCGGAGCUUCGUUCAGCUGUGGGAUAAGGACACGGCUACUGAGAACUCUGCUGGGACAGAAACCUCGGCUUCCACGAUCCCUACGGUCCUCCUCACUCCUACCGAGUUCUCCAGCACCCCCCAGGAGGGUGAGACCACUCUCUGGCAAAGCGGAGGCGUUCCAAGUUCUCCAGAUGUUCAGACAACCAAGGUCGGCACCCUGGCUGUGCCCACCCAGCCACCUCCCUCCCUGAACAGCCUCCAGGCGCCACUGAGAAGACCCCCAGGGCCAUCAGCACCCCCAGGUAGAGCUUUUCUCUCUCCUACACGAAUCAGGGCUCCUCCCUGGGGGAGCCAGAAGCCCCCAAGGCAGCCCCAGCAUCUGGAGGGGAACAGACUCUUGCCUGUGGCAUCCAGGCCCAGCCAGCAGCACCGGCACUCUGAUGUCCACUCUGACAUCCACGGGCACAUACCUCUUCUGCUUCCCCUGGUGACGGGUCCCCUGGUGACGGCUUCUCUGAGUGUGCACAGUUUACUUUCUGUCCCUUCCUCUGACCCCUCAGCCCAGCUCUCUCCAGUAGCAGCUUUACCUGGGCUCCCUGGUGCUUGGGUUUCCCACGUGGCUACCUCUUCAGGUUCUGAGCUUUCCAAUGACUCUGCAGUGCUGGGAACUGGCUCUCUGACCUCUACCAGCCGAUGCCUGCCUCUGCCACCCACUUUGACCAUCUGCAGCCACUUAGGUAUUGGACACUUCUGGCUGCCUAAUCAUCUAGACCACAAAAACAGUGAGGAGGUGGAGGCCACUGCACAGGCAUGGGGGCACCUCCUCCAGACAAACUGCCAUCCCUUCCUUGCCUGGUUCUUCUGUCUGCUGCUGGCUCCCUCGUGUGGCCCAGGCCCACCACCUGCCCUGCCACCUUGCCGUCAGUUCUGUGAGGUCCUGGAGGAUGGAUGCUGGAAGCACCUAGAUGAGGGCAGGCUGCCUGUCAAAUGUGCCUCGCUCCCUUCUCAGGAGGAUGGGUACUGUGUGUUCAUUGGGCCAGCUGCAGAGACCAUCGCUGAGGAGGUGGGGCUGCCACAGCUCCUCGGGGACCCUCUGCCCCCGCAGAUCCAACAGAUCGAAGACCCCGACGUCGGGCCAGCCUACGUCUUUGGACCAGACUCCAGUGGUGGCCAGGUGGCCCAGCACCACUUCCCUAGACUCUUCUUCCGUGACUUUUCAAUCCUGUUUCAUAUUCAGCCGGCCACAAAGGCCGCAGGGGUGCUGUUUGCCAUCACAGACGCUGCGCAGACAGUGGUCUCGCUGGGCGUGAAGCUCUCGGGGGUGCAAGAUGGCUACCAGAACAUCUCACUGCUCUACACGGAACACGGUGCUAGCCAGACCCGCACGGGCGCCAGCUUCCACCUGCCUGCGUUUGUUGGCCAGUGGACACACUUCGCGCUCAGCGUGGAUGGCCGCUCUGUGGCUCUCUACAUAGACUGCGAAGAGUUCCAGAAGGUGCCGUUUGCUCGGUCCCCGCAAGGCCUGGAACUGGAGCACGACUCUGGCCUCUUCGUGGGUCAGGCUGGAGCAGCUGACCCUGACAAGUUCCAGGGGAAGAUCUCAGAGCUGAAGAUACGACAGAACCCCCGGGUGAGCCCUGUGCACUGCUUGGAUGAAGAUGAUGAUGAUGAAGACAGGGCAUCUGGAGACUUUGGAAGUGGCUUUGAAGAAAGCAGCAAGCCACACAGGGAGGAGGAUAUAUCGCUAGCACCCAGGCUCCCCCAGCCACCCCCUGUCACUUCCCCGCCCCUGGCUGGAGGCAGCACCACGGAAGAUUCUAGAACAGAAGAAACGGAGGAAGAAACCACGGUAGAGUCUAUAGGAGCUGAGACCCUUCCUGGCACAAGCGGUACACGGGAAGAGAGCGUCCAGAAUCAUGGAAGUGGCUUGAUAAAGGGAGUUCUGAAGGGACAAAAGGGGGAGCCAGGUGUUCCGGGCUUACCUGGCCCAGCUGGUCCCCAGGGUCCUGCAGGCCCAGUGGUACAGAACCCCAGUGCACAACCUGUCCCUGGAGCACAAGGACCCCCAGGGCCUCAGGGGCCACCAGGAAAAGAUGGAGCUCCAGGAAGGGACGGUGAACCGGGUGACCCUGGUGAGGAUGGAAGGCCGGGUGACACUGGGCCUCAAGGCUUUCCAGGAACCCCAGGAGAAGUGGGCCCCAAGGGUGAGAAGGGAGAUCCUGGUGUUGGAGUUCGAGGACCUCCAGGACCUCCAGGGCCACCAGGACCCUCCUUCAGACAGGACAAGCUGACCUUCAUUGACAUGGAAGGUUCUGGUUUCAGUGGUGAUAUGGAGAGCCUCAGGGGCCCACGAGGCUUCCCUGGCCCCCCAGGACCCCCUGGUGUCCCAGGACUGCCUGGUGAACCAGGGCGCUUUGGGGUCAACAGCUCCUAUGCUCCAGGACCUGCAGGCCUUCCUGGUGUGCCUGGGAAGGAAGGGCCCCCCGGAUUUCCUGGCCCCCCGGGACCUCCAGGUCCUCCAGGCAAAGAGGGCCCACCGGGAGUGGCUGGCCAGAAAGGCAGUGUUGGCGAGGUGGGCAUCCCAGGACCCAAGGGGAGCAAAGGAGAUCUUGGGCCUGUCGGUGUGCCUGGAAAGACUGGCAUGGCUGGACCCCCUGGGCCAACUGGACCACCAGGACCUCCAGGCCCCCCGGGGCCACCAGGACCAGGAUUUGCAGCUGGAUUCGAUGAUAUGGAAGGCUCUGGGAUGCCCUUCUGGCCAACAGCCCGAAGCUCCGAUGGGCUGCAGGGACCUCCGGGGUUGCCAGGACUCAAGGGGGAUCCUGGAGUGGCAGGGCAACCUGGAACCAAGGGAGAAGCUGGAGCAGAUGGAAUCCAGGGCAUCCCUGGCCUCCCAGGAAGAGAGGGUGCAGCUGGGCCCCCGGGACCAAAAGGAGAGAAAGGGACCCAGGGAGAAAAGGGAAACACAGGAAAAGACGGAGUGGGGCUUCCAGGCCUCCCUGGCCCCCCAGGACCUCCAGGGCCUGUGGUCUAUGUGUCAAAUGAGGAUAGAGCAGUAGUGAGCACACCAGGACCUGAGGGCAAGCCAGGGUACGCAGGCUUUCCUGGACCUGCUGGGCCGAAGGGUGACCUGGGUUCCAAAGGCGAGCAGGGUCUUCCAGGGCCCAAGGGUGAGAAAGGCGAGCCAGGUGCUAUCUUUGGCCCUGAUGGCAGAGCCCUGGGCCCUGCCCAGAAAGGAGCCAAGGGAGAACCAGGCUUCCGAGGACCCCCGGGUCCUUAUGGGCGACCUGGGCACAAGGGUGAAAUCGGCUUCCCUGGACGGCCGGGUCGUCCCGGAACAAAUGGAUUAAAGGGAGAGAAAGGGGAGCCUGGAGAUGCCAGCCUUGGGUUCAGCAUGAGGGGAUUGCCUGGCCCCCCUGGGCCUCCAGGCCCCCCAGGUCCUCCGGGAAUGCCCAUCUAUGACAGCAAUGCGUUUGUGGAGUCUGGCCGACCUGGACUACCAGGACAGCAAGGUGUGCAGGGGCCUUCAGGACCAAAGGGUGACAAAGGAGAGGUGGGCCCACCUGGGCCUCCAGGGCAGUUCCCCAUCGACUUCUUCCACCUGGAAGCGGAAAUGAAGGGUGACAAGGGAGACCGAGGGGACACUGGACAGAAAGGAGAGCGGGGAGAACCUGGGGCUGCUGGUGGUGGAUUCUUCGGCUCAAGUGUGCCUGGACCACCUGGCCCGCCUGGCUACCCUGGGAUUCCGGGUCCAAAGGGAGAGAGCAUUCGGGGUCCACCUGGCCCUCCUGGCCCUCAGGGACCUCCUGGUAUUGGCUAUGAGGGGCGUCAGGGACCCCCAGGACCGCCAGGACCGCCAGGACCUCCCUCGUUCCCUGGUCCUCAUAGGCAGACUGUCAGUGUUCCUGGUCCUCCAGGGCCCCCUGGCCCUCCGGGUCCCCCAGGAGCCAUGGGUGCUUCCGCUGGGCAGGUGAGGAUCUGGGCCACAUACCAGACAAUGCUGGACAAGGUACGCGAGGUGCCGGAGGGUUGGCUCAUCUUCGUGGCUGAGAGGGAAGAGCUCUACGUACGUGUUAGAAAUGGCUUCCGGAAGGUGCUGCUGGAGGCCCGGACAGCUCUCCCACAUGGGACGGGCAAUGAGGUAGCGGCUCUGCCCCCACUGGUGCAGCUUCACGAGGGCAGCCCGUAUACCCGGCGGGAGCACUCCUAUUCCACCGCUCGGCCCUGGCGGGCAGAUGACAUCCUAGUCAACCCACCACGUCUGCCGGAUCCACAACCUUACCCUGGAGUUCCACACCACCACAGUGCCUAUGUGCACCAGCCGCCAGCCCGCCCCACAAGCUCACCUGCUCACACGCACCAGGACUUCCAGCCAGUGCUCCACCUGGUGGCACUGAACAGCCCGCUGUCAGGCGGCAUGCAUGGCAUCCGUGGGGCCGACUUCCAGUGCUUCCAGCAGGCCCGAGCCGUGGGGCUGGCUGGCACCUUCCGUGCCUUCUUGUCCUCUAGGCUGCAGGACCUCUACAGUAUUGUGCGCCGUGCUGACCGGGGGACUGUGCCUAUCGUCAACCUGAAGGAUGAGGUGCUAUCUGCCAGCUGGGACACCCUGUUUUCUGGCUCCCAGGGGCAACUGCGGCCUGGGGCCCACAUCUUUUCUUUCGAUGGCAGAGAUGUCCUGAGACACCCAGCCUGGCCUCAGAAGAGUAUAUGGCACGGCUCAGACCCCAGCGGGCGCAGGCUGAUGGAGAAUUACUGUGAGACAUGGCGGACUGAGGCCAGUGAGGCCACAGGUCAGGCCUCCUCCCUGCUGUCAGGCAGGCUGCUGGAACAGAGAGCUGCGAGCUGCCACAACGCCUACAUUGUCCUGUGCAUCGAGAAUAGUUUCAUGACUUCCUUCUCCAAGUAGGGCCUCUGCCAGCUAGAAUGGUGGACAGGGAGGCACAGGACGGACACAGUGCAGGGAGCAUCUGGUCAGCGCCCAGGGCCUGGCUGGGAUACGAUCCUGUGUAGUUCACACUUUAUGUAAUCCUCGAGAAAUAAAAGGAAGCCAAAGAGUA